CCUCCCUCACACACUCUGUGGGAAUACCACAAGCUACUGUGGCAAACAGUUAGAGGGUGGGCUGCUUUUGUUGCUAGAAGACAUAAAGGGGUCGCAAGAUAAAAGAGCGCUUUACAGGCUGGAAUCCUCUUGCGGGUCCAUUCUCAUUGUAUGACAUUGUGAAAAGAGGGACGCUCAGCUGCAUAUCUUAAGUGUUCAAUUGGCUCUAAUCGUGUUGCAGAACCUGUGGCUCUUGGUCGCCAAUCUUAUUCCCUGACUGGAUCCUUUUAUUUCAUUUGAAACCUGUCCUUAAGUGGGGAUAGUCUUUAAGGGGUUAAAAGGCAACAGGCUCCCUGUGGUCCCCUUGCUUUCCCGGGCUGUGUCCUGCUUUGCCUUAUCUUGGAGAGUCAGAAAAUGCCCUCUGCCCUCUGAUUCCAGAGCAGCAAUGAUUCCCGACCAGCCCACCCAUGUUGUGUCCACCAUCGAGAACCUGCCAGCCGAGAGCAUUUCUACUAGCACCGGCCCUCUGCAGAGGAUUCAAAAAGUAUUUAACAGAGAUUUACUGCUGUCUGUAGCGCUAGGGCAGGUGUUAUCUCUACUUAUAUGUGGCAUCAACCUUACCAGUAAAUACCUGUCGGAGGAUUUCCAUGCCAACACGCCACUCUUCCAGAGUUUCUUAAACUACAUUCUUCUGUUUUUGGUCUAUACUACUACUCUGGCUGUUAGACAAGGUGAAGAAAAUUUAUUGGCAAUUUUGAAACGAAGAUGGUGGAAGUAUAUGUUUUUAGGAAUAAUCGACAUAGAAGCCAAAUACUUGGUGGUAAAAGCCUAUCAGUAUACCACUUUGAUUAGUAUACAGUUACUUAGUUGUUUUGUCAUCCCUGUCGUCAUAUUGCUUUCUUGGUUCUUCUUGCUUGUCCGAUACAAGAUUUUACACUUCAUUGGAGCAGUGGCCUGUAUCCUAGGAAUUGGUUGCAUGGCAGGAGCCGAUAUCCUUGUCGGAAGACAGCAAGGAGAAGACUUCUACCCCGGAGACAGUAAACUGAUUGGGGACGUGUUAGUUCUUGGUGGUGCCACUCUCUAUGGCAUUGCUAGUGUGUGCCAGGAAUACAUUAUUAGAAACUUAAGCCGAAUAGAAUUACUUGGCAUGAUUGGACUCUUUGGAUCUUUUUUCAGCGGUAUUCAGUUAGCUAUAAUGGAACACAAAGAGCUGCUAAAGGUUCCCUGGGAUUGGCAAAUAGGGCUAUUAUAUGUCGGCUUCAGUGCCUGUAUGUUUGGCCUCUAUAGCUUCAUGCCUGUGGUUAUAAAGAAAACAAGCGCCACUGCAAUCAACCUUUCAGUACUAACAGCGGAACUCUACACCUUUUUCUGUGGCCUGUUCUUGUUCCAUUAUAAGUUUUCAGGACUUUACCUUCUGGCUUUAUUUACAAUCCUUGUUGGGCUGGUCCUCUAUUUCUCCACGUCUACCUAUGUUGCCCAGGAUCCCAGAGUAUAUAAGCAGUUUCGCAAUCCCUCAGGACCUGUAGUAGAACUACCAUCUAGCGGACAGCUGGAACCCUCAGUAACAUACACCAGCUUAGGCCAGGAAACAGAAGAGGAACCUCGCGUUAGAGUCGCCUAAUGCCAAGCAUUUGUCUCCCACUGAGGAUUCAGUGGCAUCUGUUUGUCCAUAUCUCUGUAUUGUGCAUAGAGAAAGCUAUUUCCCAGGUACAGAUACACUAAGGGACUUGAAAGCAGCAAAUAUGGAAAAGUUUAAAAAGGAUGCAAGAAAUAUCAAACCCCUGCUGGCACUGAAACACCAUGAGUUGUAUAUCUGAUAGUACUAUUUAUUAAUGAGGCGCGUGGGAGGGGAAAGGCCUAAACAUUAGUUAAAGAGUGAAAAGGGAGCUAUUACCUCAGAGUGUACUUUUGCACAUGAUAAUAUGAUAUUUUUGGCUCGAUCAUUUAUUUUAAGACAUUUUACACAAUGCAAUUUCACAAUAGUUUCAUUUUGUUACAAGUCCAUGCGUUUGAUUGAAUGAAGCUGUUUCAUUCCCUAAAAGCAAUGAAUUACAUUCCGACAAGUGCACUGCCAACUGCCGCUGCUCUGUAGCGCAGGAGUGUGCUAUUGUAUAAA